CUGUACUGCUCAAAACGUAUCCAUCAUUUGUAUGGUGCGGUACGGUUUAUAGUGAGUCAAAAAAUAGUAAUUGAAAUGGCGAGAAUUGUUAUUGUGCUCAUGGUGUCAUUAAUAUUUUUAUUGAAUCGCAUUGAUUCUGCACGUAUUCUUGGUAUUUUUCCGCAUCCUUCUCACAGUCAUCAGAUAUUCUUCCAUAGCUUGACCAGUGAGCUAUCCAGAAGGGGACACGAAUUAGUCAUAUUUACACCAAAAGUUACAAAUGAUACUAGCCUAGUUAAUUUCACUGAAAUAAGUCUCGUGGAGGCAUAUGCUGCUGGUUGGAAAGAGAUUGUCAAUUAUUCAAGCUAUCGCGAGCUCUGGGUCUUUUUCGACGCUUGUUAUAGGGCCGGUGUCUUGUUUUCUGAAUCAAUACUGAGUCAUCCAGAGAUGGAAAAAAUUUUGAAUCCACAAAGUGAUAAAAAGUUCGACUUGAUACUCAUACAAAUAUUUUAUGUGGAUGCUCUUCACGCCUUAUCCAGCAUCCUGAAUGUUCCUAUGAUAGGAUUGACGUCGCUGGCUCCUAUUGGCAUACAUCAUCACACUAUGGGAAAUCCUCCACUGCUAUCAUAUAUUCCUGACGUCAUGGGUGGUCAGCCAGUGAACAUGAAUUUUUGGCAAAGAAUAAUAAAUAUUUAUUGUUACGGUCGUCAGAUUUUUGAAUUUAACUUUAUUCAUCUCAAGAAACAGGAGAGGGUUUUGAAAAAAUAUUUUGGUAACAAUGCUCCUGACAUUCGUGACGUUUCAAAGAAUAUCAGCUUACUGCUUGCCAGCACUCAAUAUCCGAUUUAUCAUCCGCGCCCUGAUAUGCCAUCUGUUAAAUUAAUUGGAGGUUUACGAUUUUACAAAUCCACUCCGAGGGAAAAAAUGUCACCGAGACUACAAAAUAUUUUAGACAAUGCAAAAGAAGGUUUUAUAUAUUUUAGUCUGGGUUCAAAUGUUAAAUUGUCACAGCUUAGCGAGGAAAAUCGCAACGUAUUCGUACAUGUUUUGGCUGAAUUACCUUACAAGGUAAUAUGGAAAUGUGACCUCGACGAUUUACCUAUAAAAGCUAAAAAUAUAUUUUUAGAAAAAUGGGUACCACAGCAAGAUAUUCUCGCUCAUUCAAAUAUUCUACUAUUCUUAUAUCAGGGUGGCCAACAGAGUACCGAGGAGGCUAUUAAUAACGGAGUUCCCUUAGUGGGCUUUCCAGUUUUCAGCGAUCAGCGAUCAAACGUUAAUAAUGUGGUAUCCCUAGGGAUUGGACAAAAGAUUGAGUUAAGCUCUAUGACUAAAGAAAGCAUGAAGAAGACUGUGUUAGAAGUAAUCCAGAAUCCAAGGUACAAAAAAAAUGUAAUUGAACUUCGAAAUUAUAUUAAUGACAGAAUGAAUCACCCAAUGGAAGAAGCAAUAUGGUGGACUGAGUAUGUAAUUCGGCACAAGGGUGCACCUGCCUUACGUAACAGAUAUCAGGAUGUUCCUUGGUAUCAAAUGGAAGGCCUGGACAUUUUAAUAUUUUUUAUAAUUUUACUCUAUGCAUUACUGUACAGCAUGUAUCUUGUGACACGCUGUAUAAUUUCUAAAAUAUUCCUUCGAGCGAGAAGUUCAAGAAAUUUGGACAGAAAUUGGAAAUCGGACUAGAAGAAGAGGGGGGCGGGGCAGUAGGAGUAAUUAGUUGAAGAUAAAGAGGGUGGAAGGUUGACAAUAAUAGAAAGCUUGCCACAUAAUGCAACUCGCUAGGAGCAAUGAGCUACGAAAUUGCUUUACGCAAUGGACCAAUUAUUUGUUAAAAAUGUUGCGCAAACCCCCGAGAUCGACUCGGUGUUUGAUACGAUAUGAAUAUUAUUGAAUACGCAUCGACGGGCACGUUUGAUUGCACCAGGCAAUAAUUGAUGGGUGCCAAUUGCCAGCUGUGCCUAUUCGUCUGGCAUGGACGCUUCCAUUUCUCCUAGCAAUGGCGAUGGUGGUUGGAUACCAGCUGCCCCUUUUGCCCAUCGACAAAAUAAAAUGCAAUACACAACCCCCUUUCACUCUGUUUGACCUAGCAUCAUCCCUUUUGCAACUAGCCACUGGAACAACGUUCCCAGCCGAAUACCACCACUACGUCUCCCCCAACCAAGGUCCUUUACCAAACCCUUUGCCUCCCUUCAGUUCGCUGCACUCUAAUUCAUUUUGCACGAAUCAACGAACUGCCGCGCGUUUCGCUAAUUUCCCUGUGAUUUCCUCUACUCUUCUUGUUCUGCUUGACAAUCAUCGUUGUCCCCUCUAUUCGCAUUCGUCAAUUCUAUCUACUUAUACCUUUUAUUCCGCAGCAUCCAAUUGGCUAUUACAAUAGAGAUUUCUUAUGAUAAUCAUAGAGUUUGCUGUCAGAAUUGGCCCAUGGAAUAAAGGUGGAUGUCAAAAGGGGACCGAGUACCUUUUAGAAGCUUAGGGAUUACACUUGAAGACGGUUAGGAGGGAACUGAAGAAGGAGCGGGCGGGGGGGGGGAGAGAGAAUGUGUGUGGAAUAGGAACGGAAUUCAAGAACAACUAGAGGGGAAGGUAGAGGGAGAGGGAGUGUGUGUGUGUGUGUGCGCGUGUGAAAGAGAGAGAGCGAGCAAAGGGAGAGGGGAGUUUCUCGUCGCAAGCCGCCUAUUCCCACGAAGGAUUCAACUGAACUUAUAAUACCUUGCGAUGCGGGAUCCCUUGCGGCACGCUUCCCAUUUCCCAGUCGGUAUUCGCACACCUUUAUAAUUAAUGCCCUAAUGCUGUUUAUUAGGAUCGAAUAAACAUUACGGAUUGCCAACGAAAA